CCUGUGCGGGAGGGAGGGAGGGAGGUGUUUUCCCGAAGUGCAAAGAAAAGUCCGUGGGAUUCCCCUCCUCCCCCCCUUCGGGCGCGUUCGCACGCUCCCUCAGGCAUGAUGCUCAAGAUGCUGCCGUUCAAGCUGCUGCUGGUGGCCGUGGCUCUCUGCUUCUUCGAGGGGGACGCCAAGUUCGGAGAGAGCGGCGCCCGGAGGAGAAGGUGCCUCAACGGGACCCCGCCGCGGCGGCUGAAGAAGCGCGACCGGCGGCUGCUGUCCCCGGAGGCGCCGGGCGGCGCGGAGGCGAUGUGCCGCGGCCUCUACCCGCGCCUCUCCUGCUGCUCCCGCGCCGACGCGCAGGGGCUGCUGCACGCCGGGGCCAAGAUACUUUCCGUCACGAACAACACAGAAUGUGCGAAGCUACUGGAGGAAAUCAGAUGUGCACACUGCUCACCUCAUGCCCAGAAUCUUUUCCACUCACGUGAGAAAGGGGAAACUUCUGAAAGAGAACUAACUCUUCCCUACUUGUGCAAAGACUAUUGUAAAGAAUUCUAUUAUACUUGCAGAGGUAACUUACCAGGUUUUCUCCAAACUACAGCUGAUGAGUUUUGCUUUUACUAUGCAAGAAAAGAUGGUGGUGUAUGCUUUCCAGAUUUUCCAAGAAAACAAGUGCGAGGGCCAGCUUCUAACUCCCUGGACCACAUGGAGGAAUAUGACAAAGAGGAAGAGAUCAGCAGAAAACACAAGCACAACUGCUUCUGUAUUCAGGAAGUCAUGAGUGGACUGAGGCAGCCUGUUGGAGCAGUGCACUGUGGGGAUGGAUCUCAUCGCCUCUUCAUUCUUGAGAAAGAAGGAUAUGUGAAGAUUUUCAGUCCUGAAGGAGAUCUGAUCAAGGAACCUUUUUUGGAUAUACACAAGCUUGUUCAAAGUGGAAUAAAGGGAGGAGAUGAAAGAGGACUGUUAAGCCUUGCAUUCCAUCCCAAUUACAAGAAAAAUGGAAAGCUGUAUGUGUCUUAUACCACCAACCAAGAACGGUGGGCUAUUGGACCUCAUGAUCACAUCCUUAGGGUGGUAGAAUACACAGUAUCCAGGAAAAAUCCACAACAAGUCGAUAUAAGAACAGCAAGAGUGUUUUUAGAAGUAGCAGAACUACAUAGAAAACAUCUAGGAGGGCAGCUUCUGUUUGGCCCCGACGGCUUCUUAUACGUUUUCCUUGGAGAUGGCAUGAUUACUCUCGACGAUAUGGAAGAAAUGGAUGGUUUAAGUGAUUUUACAGGUUCUGUGUUACGCCUCGAUGUAAAUACUGACCUGUGCAGUGUCCCUUAUUCCAUACCACGGAGCAACCCACAUUUUAAUAGCACAAACCAACCUCCUGAAAUUUUUGCACAUGGACUCCACAAUCCAGGCCGAUGUGCUGUGGAUCACCAUCCUGCAGAUGUAAACAUCAAUUUAACUAUACUUUGCUCAGAUUCAAACGGAAAGAACAGAUCUUCUGCAAGAAUCUUACAGAUAAUAAAGGGUAAAGACUAUGAAAGUGAGCCUUCACUUUUAGAAUUCAAACCAUUCAGCAGUGGAGCCCUGGUCGGCGGAUUUGUCUAUCGAGGUUGCCAGUCUGAAAGGCUCUAUGGAAGUUACGUAUUUGGAGACCGCAAUGGAAAUUUUUUAACGCUGCAACAGAAUCCUGCAACUAAACAGUGGCAAGAGAAACCCCUCUGUCUUGGCAACAGCGGAUCAUGUAGAGGUUUCUUUUCAGGCCCUGUCUUGGGAUUUGGUGAAGAUGAACUAGGCGAGAUUUACAUAUUAUCAAACAGUAAAAGUAUGACACAGACUCACAAUGGAAAACUCUACAAGAUCAUUGACCCAAAAAGGCCUUUAGUUCCUGAAGAAUGCAAAAGAACAGCUCAGUCGGCACAGAUACUGACAUCUGAAUGCUCAAGGCACUGUCGGAACGGGCACUGCACUCCUACAGGAAAAUGCUGCUGUAAUCAAGGCUGGGAAGGAGAGUUCUGCAGAACUGCGAAGUGUGACCCAGCGUGCCGACAUGGAGGUGUCUGUGUAAGGCCUAAUAAAUGCUUAUGUAAAAAAGGCUAUCUGGGCCCCCAGUGUGAACAAGUGGAUAGGAACAUCCGAAGAGUUACAAGGGCAGGUAUUCUCGAUCAGAUCCUAGACAUGACAUCCUACUUGCUGGAUCUAACCAGCUAUAUUGUAUAGUUUUGGGGACUGUUUGGAAACUACACUUUCAACGGGCAUUUGUUUUGAAUCCUAUCAUUUUUUAAAGACUGUUAUCCUGCAACAAAUACCAGUGAUUUGAUUUACUUUAUUAAUUUAAAUAUAAUAUUCAGAAAUGUGCAGAUAACUUCAUUGUUUAUGUGUUAAUAUCUGUGUACAUCUUCUAGAUGUACAGGUACCCAACACAUAUAUGGGCAAGCAGUAUCGCAAAUACGGUUUUACAGCUAGUGGAGUUUUUCAAUAUGUAUUUCUUCAUGAGAAAUAGUUUACAAAGCAAUUCCACUACAAAACAUUUUCAUUUAAGGACUUUCCCAAUGUCAUAAUGGAUUCACUGACAUCCCAGAAACCUUGCGUCUGCAACUGGCUAAUCAUUGCAGUAAGAGAGCAGUUUUGAACCAUCACCAUAUAAACUGCGGGACUUAAUGAAAUCCAGUUGUAACAGUUUUUAAGGUGAAAUGAACUACGUUAUGAGACUAUUUCAUAACUGCUUUAUGCAUUCCUAUCUAGGCAAUUCAUUGUAAGACUGUAAUCUUCACCUUCAUCAAUGUAACUCUAUUACAGACUGUUACGUAUUUCCUUAUCUAGCAUAGAUGCAAAAAUCUGGUUAUCGCAGCUUGAUAUCAAGAUUGUUUCAAGUGUUUAAUAAUUAAAUUAUACUCACAUAUUUCAAAACCAGUCAUCCUAGAAGGUCUGCUUUCUAUCAUGUAUUUUAUUUAACAAUGGGCACUGGGUUCAUCUUACAUAUUUAUAUUAUUUUAUUUUAUUUUUAUAAUAUAGACAUCACUUAGAUGAGACAGCUUUACUAUGUCCUGUGUAAUACUAAUGUUACAUUUUUCACCAAUUUAAUUGGAGAGAUGGGGAAAGAGCAAACACUUUAAUGUAUUGUGGCUCUGUAUCCUUGUGUCAACUUGUAUUCAUUUACAAUGGAUGAAAAAAAAAAAAAAACCCACCACCCAAACAUUAAAAUUCCAGCAUGUAUUAAAAGCACUCAUAAAAUGAUUAUCACUAUAACAGGACAGGCUAGAUUAUACACAACUAGACUGCCACAGAUUUCACACUGAAUGGAACUUCACUGGAUGAAAGCUCACAUUAGCAGUUGUUGGCUGUGUAAGAUGUCACUUGUAUAAAACGUAUAACAAUUAUUGCCAAAUAUGGUUUUAAAUGUAAAUGUUUCUUGAAGAGCUAACGUAAAAUUGAUUUUUUGUAAAUGUAUCAAUAAAUAUGGUGUACAUGCUAUAGUCAGGUUUUUGAAAGUAUUAAUAUUUUAGUCAGAUAUUUCUUCCGAAUUGGUGCCCUCUCCAUCUCUGGGAAGUUAUUGGCAGUUUCUUUGUUCAUUGUUUGCCAGCUAUUAGAUUUCCUUUGCACUAUCUGGCUUUUAUAAAAUCUUGCACAUACAAAGAGUAGCACGGCCACCACCAUGCACACACUAAUGGUUCCUGUAAGCAGCUACUUAUGUCAACAGUUUACAACACUUUAGGCGAUAACACCUACAUUACUGUAACUGUAUUACUCUCCAGUAGCAAAAUUCUCUUUGCAGGGCAGUGACAAGCAACAACUUUUCCUUUAUGGAACGUUGUCAGUUUUGAUUUAAUAAACGGUAAAUUUUUAAGCACAUAGAAAAUGUUAUUUGCAUUUAUCUUAAUAAGCAUUCUAGCUAAGAGGAACAAAAAAUUACACUUGCCUUCCAUAUAUGUUUGCUUGAGUUUCAAGUGACCUCAUGCCAAAUGGAAAUUGGUUGAGAAAUCUUGGUUAAGUGCUUAGAGAACAAUAGUCUGCAUUAAAAAGUGCAUGCAUAAUUUUGCACAAUGUAGGUUCAACUGACAGUCCAUUGAAAGACAUCUCAGGAUUAAAUGAGCAUGAAGACCGAAUUGCCCUCUCACCCCAAAAAGGGUGGUCCCUUAUAGUUACACUAACACUUCAUUGGCUAAGCAGUGUGACCAAUCUGAAAAUGAACCCUGCAGUAGCAUGUGUAGGUUAAUAGCAGCUCUUUGUCUCCAAUGCUUUCUGUCUUUAGUCUUUUUCCUGAAUUCCAUCACAAAAAGUUUUACAAUUAAAAAUGUCCUGACAACCAUUUUCGUAAAUUGACCUUACCAUCUAAUCUUUCCUUAUUCAAUGUGGGUGACAAAAAUGUGAACUUCUCAUGAAUGAGCCAGCUGUCUAAAUCUGUCAGAUAGUGCAGUUUUAUUGCACCCUUCAUAAUCGGUAAAGCCAGAAAGUCGCUGAAAUAUUUUAGCAACUUUUAAGUAUCUGACAGAGACAACAUCUUUAACACUUUACUUAAUGAGUAUGUUACAAAAUAAACUUGUAUUCAUGAUAUUCUCAGUAGCCAGCUGGGGAGAUGUGAUAGCUCGAUUCACUGUUUAAACUCCAUACGCUUAAAAAAACUCCACAAACUUCCACAGAUGGUACCUAAAUUGAAGAUCCCCAGUAAUGUAUAUGCCACAGUCACGCACACACAUAGCCAUUAUGUGCCAUAACUGUGAAGAGAAGGGCUAACAAAGAAAAUACAGUCUUCACCUUAAUAACAAAGACAAUUCAGUCUACUAGUGGAAUCAGAAAAUUAAAUGCUAUUAAAAAUAAAGAAUUAAAUCCAGGUCUCAUUCAAACCAAUGGAGAAACAAAACAAAACAAAACCCCAAGCGCUCUCAUCAACAGUGCUGAAGCCAGAAAACCACUUUCAAAAUUGAAACAAAUACUUACGUUUAUUAAAACAAAUGAAAAAAAAAAGUUUGAGUCAAGACUUCAAAACUAAAAAAAAAUCUAUGGGAAGAUUAGGAGGAAAAGAGAAAUAAUUUGUGAAAGGUGUUUUGCUUCAGUUUUAAAUCAUUUUUGGUAUCACGUGAAAGCAGGCAUCUGCAUUAAGCCCAGAUAGAUAUGUAGGAAGUCCCAGAGGAAGAGAAAUAUUCUCAAAAAAAAGACACAAAAAAUCCCAACUGCUUAUUUAUCAAAAGAAAUUAUACUAUUAAAAACAGCAAGUAAAGCCUAGGCCUAGCCACCCAAGAUGCUAAUAUAAAAAGGGCAACUGCAGUAAUUGCCUGAGAAUUGGCAUACAAGAAAAAAAAAAAGGGGGGUUGUAGAAAGCCUGCUGCCAGCCAGGUCAUUCCACAGCCAUUCUCACACAAUCUCUGCAAGUGUCCAAGAAUAAAACUGAGCUUAUAAAUGAAACUAGAUAAAUGAGGCAAUUAGAUAAGGGCCUCCAGAAAGGAUUUUAUGUGUGUGUUCAAGUUGUCUCUGUCUCUGUCGCUCCUAAUCUUUUAUUCCAUUCAUUUAUUCCUUUACUGUGAGAUACUGCCCCCUCGGUUCCCAGUACAUUGUACAUUUGGAGCAUUCUUUCAGGCUUUCUAUUGUUAAAAGAGAAUAAAUAUACCUGUUGCUAGAAGCCUAAUUCUAUUCCUGAUGUAGUUUUCAGCUCUCAUCUUAUUAUUUUAAGAUGGAAAAUCUUUCUGUUUCUAAGAUGCUUCUUAUCAGAAAAAAGGUAUAUUAUUUGAAUAUUUGAAGUGUCCUUUGUCCAUAUAUAAGUAUUCAGACAAAAAGAAAAAAGAUGUUAUGUUAAAUUAGCUCCGAAUGGUUUUACUCCCACUUCAGAAAUAAGAAGGAAAACAAACAAACAAUGAACAACAUUAAGCUCACUUUUCUGAUGCCUCCAGUAAGAAAUAAUAACUCAAACCUUUCACCUGAAAGAAAUAAAUUUCUUCCAUUAACAGCCUGGGACACAAAUGCAGGUCCACUGUACCUUGAAAUCCUAAGAAGUUACUCCAUUUCAUGCAUCUGAAUUCUAAAUUAGGUAUAAAUAAAAUCUGUCUUAUAUUGGCAACCAUGACAACUCUUUUUUUUGUUUGUUUUUAAAUCUCCUUUCAUUCACUUCUCUGCAUUUCAGCUUUGCAGCUCAUUCCUCUCUAGAACCACAGCAAACCCCAAUAAUCCCAGGUUGCCACAGGUGUUGCUUCCUUUCUUUCAAACUGUAUAAUAAUGGAUGCAUCAAAGAAUUGGACCAGAAGACUGAGACCUUUAUCUUUCAAUCGCUCCACAAAUUGUCAUCUUAUAGUGACUUCUGGUGCUGUAGCUUAGCUGGACACUGGUUAUAUUCAGGAGUAAGAGCCUCCAGCUGCUCAGCCUCAGAGGCAGUCAGAAAUUGACUGAUUUCAAUCCAGUAAUUAGAUACCUCAAGUAAAAAGCAGAACAAUAUUCCUCAGAUGAAAAUACGUUGCUUUUCAUGUACAAAUAUACAAAACUUUGACUCCAAAAGCACUUCAGCCCAAGAAAUCUUUUACAGGAGUAAUUUUUAAAAGAUGUAUUUUACUAACCCAAAUUCACAAUAAAGACCCAGCAAUUUGAGUUCAGGUUACAAAAAGCUGACAAAUAUUUCCAAGGGUAGUUUCAGAUAAAAAUGUUGUAGAAAUACUGAAAAAAAGUAACACCAUUUCACUAAAACUUUCCUCUUUUUCACAAGGGGAGUAAUCCAGUGAAAUAAUACGUACCAUUUAGGGUAUAGGUGUGAAAUAGCUGAAGCUACCUGAAAGCUCAGUGCAGGGUUCCUUCACACUCUGAGGGCCUGAUUCACUGUCCAAUGAUGUCAACUGAAAAUCUCCUAUUGACUUCAAUAAUUAUAGGAUUAAGCCCUCAAAAGAUAUCCACUUAGCUGGCAGAACUUCACUAUAGAUGUCACUGCACACAUUAUCUUUCUGUCUGCAUCUGCAGUCAUUAAACUCACUAAGGUUUUCCAGAACAGGACUGCAGAUUCAGACCUGUCUUUAAGUACAGAACAUAUCCGACCCUGUUGAGUUUCCUUAUAAAUACUGCCAACAGUUACACAAGCGUUCUGUUAUAACUGCCAGACUUUUCAUACUUCUUUAAAAAUGCUGAGGAGUUAAUACACAUUUUUUCUCCUUUGCACAUAUGUGCUUAUGUCAAAUAUUUAAGCGCAUGCCACUAAGCAGGAAAAUAAUUUAAACAAUAAGUCAGCGGUUCCAUUUGAUGAAAUGCACGUAAGAAGGCAGAGCCAAAAAUUGCCCCCACGGAAAAGACAGCAUCCCAAUUGACAAAUAUCAAUGGAAAGGUUCCUGCAGCUGUUCUGAGUCCAGUUUUACAGAAGCUCUAUUCAAUGUAUUUAGGCACAUUUUCAAACCUUUCUCCAUGUAUUAUGUAGGAACGGAGUAAUACUGCAAUCAAAAAUAUAUCUUGAUCAAACAACAACAACUAAAGUUCUAACCAUACUAAUAAGUAAGAAUAGUAAGAUUGAAAGCAAGGAGACUACUCAAAGUACUAAAAUAGCAGGUAUAAACAAGUGCAAGACCGGACACAAACAGGUUUUCUGUAGGCCCAUGCCAGGCCAAGGGUUUGUCUGCUUGCCUUUGUAUGCGCUGACUUCCAUUAACAGCGUGCACUAGAAAUUUAUCACGCUGUAAAAUACAGAACAGACAAUAAACAAUUUUAGUAUAACAAUUAAUUCUACAUAAAUUUAUAUUGGACAGACUGACCGAUCGGACAGUAUUAUUAAUGCUUUAUCAUGGAUAAGAGAAAUAUUUUAAUUUCACAGCACUGUAUAAAUGGUUCAAUCAACCUUUUUCUUUCAGUUCACUCCUGAGUUGUUAAUAAUUACUAAUUUGGCCUACGUAUUGGGAAAAGAUUAUCAUGCUAUCCCAUUACUCAACUAAAACUCUCAUAGGCUUCCAUGGAAGCUUUUCUUUAUGCUGUGCAGUUUGAUUGGAAAGCCAAGUGACACAUCAGCUUACCAGAACUCCAGAUGCUGAACACAUAACUCUACCGAUCAUUUCAUGCUACGGGAAUGCACAAAAAUUAAUGCUUUGUACUACAUGUAUUUAAUGCACUUCUUUACCUAUUGUGUACUGUACACACAUCAGCUUCCACAAUCAAAAGUGUCAGAAUUUACUGCUAACAUGCUCAAACAGCAACCUGGCUUGUUGCAGAAGAGUUUUAUCUCUGAGAAUAAAAUAACCAAAACUUCCUACCUGCUAUAUAUGACCAGUAAGGUCUCACACACCUUAUAGUUAAGUUCCUCUUAAAUUCUGUAACAUUUUCCCAUUUAUUUUCAGUUUGAAAUGAAAGCAAAAGUGAAAAAAAAAAACUUUCAAUAAAAAAUCAUUUAAAUUCUCAGAAAUUCCAGAAAAAGGGUGCCAGCUGAAGUACAUGAAUGUACGCAGUGGCUGUGUUCCCAAAAUUCUUGAAUGGGAAGAAGACAGAGACAUGUGGCUGUUUGUCUUUUCCUGCGUCUGAGUGCAGGAUGCAUUUUGUCGUAGAACAAAAACGUAACUUGCAUCAUGUCAACUAAAUCCCAUUUUCUGAACAGAAUUUAGAAGAGUCACUCAAGGAAAAAACACUCUAGGCAGUUUCACAACCGGUGUUGUUCGGAACGGCCUUAAUUCCUAUCAAGCUACAUCAAGACCAGAAACCAUAUGGUAUUAGGUCACCACAUGUAUCUUGUAGAGAUCACCACUAAUACCAGAAGAGGUAAUUCUACCCUCUGAAUUAUCCAGCAAUGCUAUUAGCUGUUCCCCACAAAACACACUACAGAAUGAGAACUCCAAUUCCCUUUGGAGAACAAUUAGAUUUUAAUGGGAGCCAAGCAGGAAAGGAAAAAGAAAUAACAAAAAUCUGUCACUUAAGAACAUAACUGUUGUGAUGCUCUGCCAUUCAAGUAGCUCUAUUUUAUAGUAGCCAUCAAGUACUGUGUGUACAUUUGAAAUGUGGGAAAAUAGCUUAGGAAACAUAAUUCAAACUAUGUUUAUGUCCAUAAUCUGUAUUAUAAUACUAAGCAUAUACAGGCACCAGUCUAGCAGAGCACAGGAGCACGCAAGUAACUUUAAGCACAUGAACCUCACCUAAGUCAUGUGCUUAACAUUAUUAAUAUAAUUGCUUUCUUGCUUUGAGAACUUACAAGUCGUUGCAAGUCUACCUACAUAGAUUACAUAAGCUAGGUGUACUUCUUUUUAGGGAGACAGCAUGGCUGAAGUUCAAAGCAAGAGAAUUCAGUUACUUUGUGUCACAAAUUCUAGAUAAUCUUAAACAAUUGCAUCUUUGUGCCUCCAACUUCCGUCUGAAAAGCAGUGAAACCAAUCCUUGUAAAGCGCUUUGAGCUCUUCAAAUGAAAAGUGCUACGAAAGUACAAAUUAUAAUUAUAUUAUUGAACAUCAUGUAUGUAUACACACUAUUAUGUAAUAUAUAAUAUAUGUAUAAUGCAUAUAAAUUCUAACAAAUGUAUUUGUGUAAUAUCUAAGAAAUUGAACAGUUGUAUCUGGAAGUGAUAAAUGCAUAGAGUUGGAUUUAUUGUUAAUCUGUGGAUUUAAUGAUUUUCUAGACAAAAGGACAUUUAAGUGUAUAAUUGCUUUUCUUAAUUUAAUAUAUUUAUGUAAAUGCAUGCCUGAAGUUCUGGAUAGAUAGCUAUUCUGUGUCCCUUAAGCUAAUAAAAUAUAUUAAACUUUAUCCUAUAACCCGAA